ACCAGUCACUAGGGACUUACCAGCAAACUAAAAUCUGGACUUUACCAUUGACAUCCAGUUACUCACUGUUUCAGUUUAACUCCACUGUAUUAAAAAAGACAAAAAAUAAACAGAUUUUGCCAUAAUGGCAUCCUUUAAACUGGAUUUUCUCCCAGAGAUGAUGGUGGACCAUUGUUCUUUGAAUUCUAGCCCAGUAGGAAAAAAGAUGAAUGGAACCCUGGACCAUCCAGAUCAACCAGAUGUUGAUGCCAUUAAGAUGUUUGUGGGCCAGAUUCCACGGUCUUGGUCUGAAGAGCAGCUUCGUGAACUUUUUGAACCUUAUGGAGCAGUCUACGAGAUUAAUAUCCUCCGAGACCGUAGCCAAAAUCCGCCACAGAGUAAAGGACACCGGGGCCCCCAUCUGGAGCCAGGCCUGGAGAUGGGGCUCGCUGGCAAGGCAAGGCAAGGCUGCUGUUUUGUAACAUACUAUACUCGCAAAUCCGCCUUAGAAGCACAGAAUGCUCUGCACAACAUGAAGAUUCUGCCUGGGAUGCACCACCCAAUCCAGAUGAAGCCAGCUGAUAGUGAGAAAAACAAUGCUGUGGAGGACAGGAAGCUGUUUAUUGGAAUGAUCUCCAAGAAAUGCAGUGAGAACGACAUCCGAUUGAUGUUCUCACCAUAUGGACAGAUGGAAGAGUGCCGGAUACUUCGAGGUCCUGAUGGAUUCAGCCGUGGAUGUGCAUUUGUAACAUUCACGACUCGACAAAUGGCUCAGUUAGCCAUCAAGUCCAUGCACCAGUCCCAGACCAUGGAGGGCUGUUCAUCACCCAUUGUGGUAAAGUUUGCAGACACUCAGAAGGACAAGGAACAGAAGCGGCUGGCUCAACAGCUACAGAUGCAAAUGCAUCAACUCAGCGCUGCCUCUGUGUGGGGAAAUCUCACUGGAUUCAACAAUCUGGCACCACAGUACUUAGCGCUCUACUUACAACUGCUUCAGCAGUCAGCCACCACAGGAAAUGCACUCAACAAUAUGCAUCCAGUUUCAGGUCUUAAUACCAUGCAGAACCUGGCUGCUUUAGCAGCAGCAGCAACUGCUACACAGGGCGCACCUACAUGUUCCAGCGCCAUGACGACAUCUAGUAGCCCACUAAGUGCACAAACAAACUCAGCAGGUUCCCCUCCAAGCACCACCAGCACCUCCUCAGUGAACCCCAUAGCUUCUUUAGGGGCCCUUCAGUCUCUGGCUGCUAGUGCUGGAGCCAGCAUCAACAUGGGCUCCUUGGCAGGUAUGGCAGCAUUGAAUGGUAGCCUUGCUUCUGGAGGUCUGUCUAAUGGUUCCGGAAAUACAAUGGAAGCACUGAGCCAGGCCUACUCAGGUAUCCAGCAGUAUGCUGCAGCUGCCCUACCCAACUUAUACAACCAGAGCCUACUGUCCCAGCAGAAUGUCUCAGCUGCAGGCAGCCAAAAGGAAGGUCCAGAGGGUGCAAACUUGUUCAUUUACCACCUACCACAGGAGUUUGGAGACCAAGACCUGCUGCAGAUGUUUUUACCCUUUGGAAAUGUGAUCUCUGCAAAAGUCUUCAUUGACAAACAGACAAACCUCAGCAAGUGUUUUGGCUUUGUGAGCUACGACAACCCAGUGUCAUCGCAGGCAGCCAUCCAGUCAAUGAAUGGUUUUCAAAUCGGUAUGAAAAGGUUGAAGGUCCAAUUGAAGCGCUCAAAGAAUGACAGCAAGCCCUACUGAAGGGUAGAUGCACUUCCUAUCCUGGUCAUUUGAACUGUGUUUCCCUCUUAAGAGGUAAGAGAAACAAGUGACCAACGAGUCAAAAUGGAUUCAUUUUGCUGUGAUCUCUGCCUGUUUGCUGUUACGUAAUGAUGUGGCUUCAUAGUUCAUCGUCAAGUCUUUGUGCUCUGCACUGUUUGCGUUUGUUUUUGCAUUAUCCAGGAUUACUUUUUUUUUCUAUGCGUUAUGCUAUUAUUUAAUAAACAUUCAAUUUAGAGCCAGUUUAACAAAAGGCAUUUGAAGCAAAAAGGAACAUAUAUUUUUCUAGAGUUAACCAUCACUUGAUAUUAUACUUUUUGACAGGAGUCGGACCUUUCAGUCAAAAAUGAAAAAAAAAUCCUUCCAAUGCACCUUUCCUCACCUUUUUUUCUGCUGUGAGAAACAAGUUAUUUAUCUUUAUUUGUUGUUGUGUGUGAAUGCCGGUGUAUAUAUCUUAUUAAUGAAUAAAUGAUUGAAUAUAAACAAACAUAAUAAAUAAAGUAUUUCAAGUAAGCUAAUGAUAAUAUUUGUUGUUUUUUUUUAAUACUUUUCUGGACUGGAAAAUGGAUGAAACUUAAGCAAUAGAUUAACAAUUCCCAAUGUAAUGAAAUGAAAAGAAGGUAAAUUCCUGUAACAUUCAGUUUAUGUUUUAUUUUCUGUGUUCAGUGAAAAUCUUUUUGAGUUAACUUAUUUCUGCUGUGGUAUGAUGAGUUAAUAACAUUAUGAUCCUUUUGGUUUAACUGCUCUCUUAUGACUGUUUCCUUUCAGUCAGCAAAGUUCAACAGACUCAUUAAGUUCUACAAGAAGCUUUUGUCUUUUAUCUGAAGUCCAAUUUACACUUUAAGACUGCAUUUGUUUGUUUUAGAAAUGCGAAUUACAAAAGGAUUCCAUAAUUGUUUUUGUUCACGAUUGAGUGCUUCCGGUUUUGUUUUGUUUUUUAUAUUUUAACUUGAUCUGCCAUUAAUUACAAGAAUUGUAUUAAAUGUUUGAGUUUUGUUAAAAAGAAAAAUGUGUGCUGUUAUAGAAAUUAGUUUUAAAAUCUUUUUUUGUUUGUUUGCUUCUACACAGUGAAACAGAAACAAGAGUGGUAAUUCCACAAUUUUUGUCAGGGUUUGAAACUCCAGAAACCUAACAGACCCACUAUUACUGAAGCUGGAAUUUUUUUUGUGUUUUUUUUUUUAUAUAUUCAUGGACAAAUGAAAUGAACCCAUUUGUUUAAUGAUAUAUUUAUCUUGAGUGAAACUAAACUAAGCCAAUUGUUUCUACAGUUUCCUAUGUGGAUACAAAAAUUCAAUUGUAUUUUAAUAGAACCAUACAAACCUGUGUAAGUUGGCACCAAUUUUGGGAAAUGACACGUUUUAUUACAUGUAAAUUUUAUGUUCUUCUAAGGAGAAGAAAAGUGGCCCAAAGAAGGGAAACCGGUGAUCUGUUGACAAAUCACUGGUGUUCGGUGUUCACUCAUUCAUAUUAAGAGCAGGUUGACCUGUGUGGAAUGUAAAUAUUUCUAACUUUUGUGAACCUAAAUGCUAACUGUGGUAGACGGCUGUCACUGAGAUGUUUAGACUACAGUGGUCACCAACCCUGGUCCUCCAGAUCUACUGUCCUGCAGUUUUUAGAUGCACACCGUGAUACAAGGAGCUGUGUCCAGACCUUGAUGACAGGCUAAUGAGGACCGUUAAUUAGAAUCAGGUGUGCUGAGGCCCAAAAACAUCCAAAUCAUGCGGGACAGUAGAUCUUAAAGACCAGGGUUGGUGACCACUGGACUAUGAGGAAGCACAAAAAUGUUGCAAUUGAAUAUCAUUUAUUUAACUUAUAAAGAUUGUGGUACUCUGUUUACCUUUUGAGGUUACGCGACAGACAGGAAUCUGUCAUGUGAUCAGCUGAUCUCAGGUGUUGUAACUCAAAAUGCUGACUCAGAUGUUGUAUAUGUGACUGAUUUCAGAUAUACAACAUACAUUUGGACAUAAUAUUUAGUCCUGGUGCAGUUUGGGUGGCAGUGUGUGUUUUUUUUUUGUUCUUUUUUUAUAAAUAUGUAUUGUAUUUUGGAACCAAUAACACCCUCCAAACUGUCUGAAAUUGUUAAAAGGUGAAAACUCAACUAGACAGAUGCCCAUUCCUCUGUAUCACUGAACUGACUGCAUUUUUUGUAGCUGUUGAUGAGUAGUAGAUUGUAGUCUAAACAAAUAUUGCUAGUAGUUAACUGUAUUACUUUCAGCCAUUUAUAUAUUUAUUCAUUUUAUUUUGUUUAGAUAUGUUUCUCUAGCCUCUGGGUUGUUUUAAAAAAAAGUGUAGUGCUGUCCAGCUGUCAUUUCUUAAAUCAUUCUGUGUGAUCUCAGUGGCCUGGUUGGUUGUGUGCUUUCUGUAAAAAUAAAA